GUCCACAUUUUUUUUUAUCUCUUUGAAUUUCAUCUGCUCUGCUGGCAAUAAAUUAAAGACACCUUUUCUUUCUCCUUCCUUACCGCUCAAAAGCUCACUCAAGUCCAUCGGAAGGUCAGAAGGGUUAUCUCUGUCCCAAUCUUUAUUCCCUUCUACCACAAGAUCUAAUUGCUCGUCAAAUAAUCUCACUCACCUCAAUCAACCUUUCUUAAGAACCUCAUCAACCGCACUACCCAUCCUCCAAACUUAACCCUCAAACAAUACCUUAUUAAACUCGAGUCGAAGCUCAACAUCGGAAACAUGGCGGAAUUUAUCACCAAUCUCCUAGAAAUGGGAGCUACCAAUUUCUAUCGAAAUUUGACAGGAGCCUUUGAACAGUUGAAGACGAUGGAACUUCAAAAAUGGAUUCGAAUUGUCGCAGUAGUUGGAGCAUACCUUCUCAUUAGACCAUAUUUCAUCAAUCUUGGUGCGAAGAAGCAGGAGAAGGAAUAUGCCAAAGCAAGGGCUCAACACGCGGAGAAGAAGGAGAAAGAAAAGCACGUCGGUGCAAACUCUUUCAGAGAUUCGGUCAAGAUCCCGGAGGAUACUGAUAGCGAGGAGGAUGUGAAAGCCAGUUCGAAUGAUGUCAAAUGGGGUGGUAAAGCACGAAAGAAGCAAAGGCAGACAAUCAGAAAGAUUUUGGACCAGGAGGAGAAAUUAAGAAGACAACAACAAGAGGACGAUGAGGAUAAGGACAUUCAGGAAUUCUUGCAAUGAUUAAUGAUGGAGAUGCUGAACAAUUCCCUCGGGGGCAACACCUGGGUAGUAGUAGUAGUAAAUUCAUAAUCGAUUUGAUCUAACUUUAGCUAAUGCUAUAUCUGACUAUAUGAGAAGUCUAUGAUAUAUCUAUAUAAUGAAAGAGGAGAA